UGGCUGUCCAGUACAAAAGUUUUCUCUAUUCAAGACUCGAACUUGAAGCUGUUAUGUCUUCUUUGGCCUCCAGUAUUCAAUCAAAUUAUGACACCUUGUUAAAUGUGGCCCCCGGGUUCCAGAUAAGACAGCUGAAGAAGAAAAUCCUUCACAAACAAACGAGAAAUCUUUUCAGAUGACUUUGAAGAUUACUGGUUUCUUAAUGAAGGUUUUGGUAAAUUUCGUCAAAGAAUAUGAAAAUUACCUUGGCAAAAGUGUUGAACCAUUAUACCCACUGAUUCUCUACAUGUUUAAGUUUUCUCCGCCUUCCCUAGCUGCUCCAAAGCUUAUUCAACAAAGUCAACAAGACAUCCAGCUCCAGUUAUUAAAUGCCGCUCAACCACUUCUAACGACACUCAUCUUGAACUAUUAUUUUCGCAUUUUAGUUACUUCUGAUGAAAAUGAUUUAGAGCCUGACCUGGCAUUACCAAGAAUCUUGCUUCAGAUUAUGGUUGUAAACCUUCUUCCAAAGGCAAAAUAUGACGUCACAGAAGUUUGGUAUUCCCCAAGGAAAUUUCCAGGAGAACGUUGCUGUGACAACAUUUUAGCAAGUGUAUUUAAAACAUUACAGAAAUGUUCAGUUGAAAUGGCCUCUGAUAUCAGAAUUCCUAUAACUGCAGCCGUUGGAUCUCCUCAAAGAAACACCAGUCUCUAUGAAUAUCUCUGCACCAACAUUUGUGGCUUUGUGGGCAGUUGGCCAGCUCAGCAUUUUGCUGUUGUUGAGUCUGUCCUCUUGACCAACUUACUCCACAGUAACCCUUACUGUAAAAUGAUGGCCUGUGAUGUUUGGUGUUUCAUUGGACGUUAUGGCAGUGCUGCUUUGUGUCAUCACCAUGUGAAGGUCCUGGCAGCUGUGUGGCUAGCUCUGGACUGGUCUCAGGCUCAGUUUUAUGAACAUGUCCUACAGCUCUUCCACAGACUCUUCAAGUUUCAGUUAAUUAAAGACCAGGAAGAAAUUCUCAAGUUAUACCCACCAGCAAACAAUCUUUCUCUCUGGAGUCUUGCACAAUUAGACACACUUCAAGAAACAAUAUCAUCUCCCCUUAAAAGUGAAUUGGUGCAGACCAGUGCAAAAAUCAUCCACAGCUUGUGUUCCUUGGAAACAUUCUCUGACAAAGAUAUGAAGUCUUGUCUCGAUGUCCUCAAGUGCCUCCGCAGUUUAAGUCGAUAUUUGGUGACAUUAUCCCAAUCGGGAUGCACCCUUCACUAUUUGGUUUUACAACGUCUGGCAAUGCUGUGGUCAUCUGAGCCAAAGUUGAGCAGCUCAGCUAGCAGCAAGUGUUAUCAUUCUCUCAUACUCAGCAGUCUUCUUGUUACAUCAGCCCAGUUACUCCCAGUCAUGAAGCCAGCACACAUAUCUUCCAUUGUGAACACAUUGGAAAAACUAUUUGAUUUGGAACCAGAUGAAAUUCUACGAUUGGCUACUUCGUUGUUUUUGAAAGAGAUUGGCAAAGUUGAUUUACAAAAUAAUGAAGUUUCUGUGAAAAUGGGGUCCACUUUUCCAAAAAUAUUCCAACAUUUGCUCUUUGAUUCUAACAGUCUUCUCCAUCACCAGGCCAUCGAGGCAUUUGCUUCAUUUGCCCAGGAGACCAACUGUGAGUCUCUGGUUCCACAAUGUCUUCUAAUGUCAAAUUCUUCAAAAGAAAAAAUACUUCAGGACACUGCAAUAACUUUUCUAAAUCAUACGGCAUACAGCUGUGAUGGUUUCAAGCAGACCAAAUACCUCUCGUCUCAAAGACUUAUCAUCAAUGAAGAUUUUGUGAUUGCUUGGAAACCAGAGCGAAAUAAAAAACAGCAACCUGAAAACAAUCCAGAAGAAUUAUUGAAGGAUCAAGAAACAACAGAUGAGGCCCAACACAUGUCAGAUACAGAAUCUGAGGAGCCUCUCAAGAAAAAGCUGAAGACAAAGACGAGUCCAGACAUAUGGGACGAAGAGUAUCGGAACAUCAUAGACUUACUACACGGCAACGUGAACAAACUACAGUUGCUACAACAACGGCGAGGUGCCUCUCCACCCACCUGGGUAACUACAGAACUAGAAACAAUCUGUAAACAACUAGGGACUUUCCAAUGAUGGCUAUGUGUGUGUGUGUGUGAGGACAGUUGUAUACUGUAAAACAAAUGAAAUGGAUUUACACAUAUACUCUGAGUAUCAGCUCCUCAUAAUAAUCUUUUAUAGUCGCAGGGCAACAAGUGGAGGAACAUAUUCAAAUACUAAUUAUAGCCCUUUCGGAACUUUUUCUUUGCAAUCUGUGAUAUUUUAUAUCCAAAAUGUUCCAUCAGUCUGUUGUGGAGGUUGAAAACGGUCGAGGCAGCAAUUGGAUACCUAUACAAUAUUUAAUUACAUGUCCAGUUGAUCUGAGUUGGAAUCCUGAUAAAGUUGACAUCACUAUUCUUCUUUCUGCAAUUGUUAAAAUAAUUACCAAGAAAA